AUAUCAUAUUUAUUGAUGGUGAAAGUCAUUUACGUGUUGUUAUGUUUACGUGUGGUGCGAAUUUUUGUGCUUUAAAAUGCACCAAACGAAAAUGGGAUUGCAUACACAUCUUUUCUGUAAUCGUUGAGUCACAAAAUGUACGAGAUGCACAUUCAAAUGUUAGUCAAUGUCCAAGUUACAAAACUUUGAUAGAGGCUCAAUUUCUAAAAAAUUUAAAAAGACCAUUUCUAAAUGCA